CAAGCCAGGACACGCUCAUACUCAGUUGUUUUCUAGUCGUCUUGGUGCAAGAGUGACGAGGGUUAUUUGUGAAACGUUGAAGAAGAUCGUUGUGAGAUUUGUGGCUAUAAAAAAUAGUUAUUAUUCAAUCGUUCACGAAAUGUUGACUGACUUGACUCCCGGAUCUUAUGGCAGAUUGCAGCUCUCACAUGACUCAUAAGAUUUACAAGAUGAAACGAGACGACUGAUAAUAAAAAAAAAUUUACGAAGAGGCUCAAAUCUCGAAGAGGAAGAAGAAGAAGAAGAACUGGGCCGUUGCGGGACUGCAGACGAAUUCCUAGUCUGGCCGAAGUGAACCAGUGAUGGAUAUGAGUCGCCUCAAAACUGUCAUUCUGCCUUUAAGCGGAGCUCUCAUAUUAUCAGGGGUAGCUGGUACCUUAUACUACUUCUUAACCAAGAAGGAUGAUGAAGAGGAGGCUAUCCUUAAGGGUCGGGCAAACCAGUGGACAAUGGCAGAAGUCCAAGUACCCAGUGAUUCUGUUGGGCUUGUCAUCGGAAGGCAAGGUUCCAAUGUAAAGCUCAUUCAGGAACGAACUAACACAAAGAUUAAUUUCUCGGACGAAGAGGUGGAAGGACAUCGUAUAUGUACAAUCAGAGGCUCAGAAGACAAUGUGACUUUAGCUCAAAAGUUGGUUAUAAAAGCCAUUACAGAUCAGCCGGUUAUAGAAACAGAAGAGAUGUUUGUACCUAUUGCAGCAGUGGGACGCAUCAUAGGAAGGAAUGGAGAGACCAUCAGAUCUGUGACCCGCACCAGUGGUGCUAAAGUGACAGUGGAAAGGGAUGAUGAGCAGCUGGAAUCUCCUCCUUGCCCAGAUGAUAUGAGGAGAAUUAUUCUUAAGGGAAGCAAAGAGCAGAUUGAAGCAGCAAAGACACAGCUUUUGAUGAAGGUGGCUGAGGAAGAAGAAAUGCGCCAACAGAUUCAGAAGUCUGCCAUGAAUAUGUCUUUAAGGGCAAGAGGGAGGCAGAGUGCUCAUGAUAGUGAUGAUAGCCAGCCUCCAUCAAUGAGUAGCUCAUUACACCAAGAAUCUCUAGCCGCAACAACCAGUGACCGUUUCAUUGAGGCUUAUGUGUCUGCAGUGGAUUCAGCUGCCCACUUCUGGCUCCAGGUUGUUGGUUCUCGUUCCAUUCAACUAGACAAAUUAGUAAUUGACAUGACAGAGUACUAUGAUUCUUCUGAAAAUCGAGAAUUGCAUGAAUUAGAAAAGGUUAAAGAAGGGGACAUCGUUGCUGCCAGGUUUCCCCAUGACUACUCUUGGUACAGAGGUCGAGUUUGCAGUUACGAACACAAUGACCUUGACCCAUCAAAUAGCUUAGCCACAAUUUAUUAUGUUGACUUUGGAGACACUGAACCCAUUUCUAUGGCAAAUGUCUGUGAAUUAAGAACAGACUACCUCAAAUUAAACUUUCAAGCAGUUGAAUGUUAUUUAGCAAAUAUAGAUCCUGAGAGUGUAAAGGGAGAUGAAGCAGCUGAUGUAUUUGAAGAAUUAACAUAUGCAGCGCAGUGGAAAAUAGUAAUGGUAAAGGUUCUUGGAUAUAGACAACUGGAGGACAAAACUAUUCCAUGUGUCCAGGUUAUUGACACCAAUGGUCCAACGGAUAUUGAUGUAGCAGAGGAGCUGGUCAGCAGAGGAUUAGCACAAUAUUAUGCCAAUACAUCUUAACCCUGGAGACUCAGGUUCUUGUGAUUUAUGACAAGAUGUACAUCAUUUUUAGCUUUAAUUUCAUCGUUGCCCAUUUUCUGAUUUGUGAGUGGUAGUACUUCUUACUAAAGAAUAUUUUUGCUACAAUGUUUCAGAUUUAUCUUGUGUCAUCAUUUAAGAAAAAAGUUCAAUUUGUAAAUUCUGUGUAAAAAAAACAGUACUGUAGUAGUUGUCACUGACACUGCCCUAGGGGGAAGAGAGACUGAUCUUAAUGUAAAAUUUUCACUCCGUCCAGCUUCUAAUGUGAUUGUCCAGUAACUGUUAUUUACAUAUAUUUUUAUAUAUAUUAUGUCAGGAUUAAUUUUUUUGUUUGUUAAAUCUCUGAUGUUAUUUUAUUUUGAUGUCUUCACAUAAUGCUGUUGUAACAAGAUAGAAGUAAAAGGCCCCUGUAUUGUUAGUAUUAGCUUUAUAACUUGCAAGCUAAGGUUGAUGAAAGGGAAUCAUUUUUUAUUAAAUAAGAAUUUGCAAAUACCCCUUGAAGUUAAUUAUGAAGAAUUUUGAAAUUCACCAUAGUUCUGUUCAUUAAGUCAGUGUAUUGGUUUACAGUACUACUACUUCAGUUUUCUUGUACUAGUGUUCACAAAACCUUGCAGUUAGUGGACUGUUUUCAUUUGGUUGGCUGUGUCUCAAGUCAUUGCGGGUAUAUAGAAGGCUUUCCUUCAGAUUUAUACCUUUAAGGUAAGUUUGGCCAAUGUAUUUAUCAUGUAGUGAGAAAUGCUAUUUUGUCCUCUGAUAUAGUUUACUUAGGAUUAUUUUAAAGUCAGCCUGUACCUGGUAUAAAUUAGUAUGUAGGAUUGGUUUUGUUCAUUUAUUACAAUAGAAACAUGGUAAAUUAUAUUAUGUAGAAUAAGGUACAGAUUCUAUAACUAUAGGUAUUUAAGUACACUUUGUUUUAAGAUAGUACUCUACUGCAGUAAAAAUACAUUGUUGAUGUUUCCUCAUAGAUUGUAUUUUUUGUCUGUAGAUAUCGUUAUUUACUGUGCAUAGCAAGUUCUUUUUCAUCUGCACUAAAUCACUGAAAAGCCAUUCUUUUAUAGUGUGGCAUACAACAAAUUAUAAUUUCUAGGAAGUACUAUCUCACUAUAAUUUUAGGCACUGUAACAUUCUUUACUAAUUGUAUAUAUAUAUUAUAUUGUGAAUAGGUCACUAGAUCAUUUAUAUUCAUGUUUUAGGCUUUCUGGGUG